AUGAGGAAAAAAACAAAGACAAUCCAGAUGAUCUUCCGAUGUACGAUGAUGAAGAAGAUCAGGUGUUAUCGCAGUGAAUGGUCCAGUCCAGCAAUGGCGACCCAUAAUCAAAGAGACACCAGCCUCGUCGCCACAUCGAGAACUCCAAUUAUUACCAUGAGACGCUCCAUUAACUUCACGUGCUUGCUCUUCUUGUCCGUGAUGUUCCUUCCGUUUUGCUCGAGCAGAGACACAGACAACAUUACAGAAGGCACAAUCCUGUACCCCGGAGGAACCACUCUCGUGUCCGCCGGUGAGCGUUUCGAGCUCGGCUUCUUCUCUCCGAAAGGGAGCUCCAACUCCACAAGGUGGUACAUCGGGAUAUGGUAUCACGGGUCGCACCCCCCGAUCAUCGUCUGGGUCGCCAGGCGGGACGACCCGCCCAUUGGCCGCACGGGGUCGUUCCGCCUCGUGGACGGCAACCUGCAGCUGUGGAACGAAGGACAACCGAUCCCGUUGACCGAUGUCGGGGGUUCCUCUUCAACUCGGUUUGCGAAGCUUCUUGAUACAGGGAAUCUAGUGCUGAUGGAAGGCGACGGAAGCGAGAGCAUUCUGUGGCAGAGCUUCGAUAACCCGACCGACACCUUUCUUCCUGGAAUGCUAAUGACCGAUGACUUCAACUUGACUUCUUGGGCAAGCCAGGAUGACCCGAAACAGGGCUAUUUCACCUUCCGGAGGGCUCAAGAAGGCGACGCCACCAAGUACGAAGUGAUGCGGAACCUGUCUCCUUACUGGAAGAGUGGAGUCUACGGCAAGUUCAUACAAGCUGAUGAGAUGUUCGAUAUCAUCGCUUUCUUGCUCUCCAAUUACACAAUGACCGCUACUUCGCUGCCAACCGGGACUGGUCCGAGGUAUGCCCUCAAAAAAAUAGACCCCUACAGCAGAAGAAUAAACCCCUACAGCGGAAGCACCCGGUUGGUCAUGAACUACGAUGGCCAGAUUCAGUACUUCAGGGGGGUAAACGAGUCAAAGCCGGUCUGGUCCGAGCCGACGAGCCGGUGCAGUGUGUUCAAUGCGUGUGGCAAGUUCCAGAGCUGCAACGAUAAGAAUAGCAAUGAGACCAUGUGCAGGUGCUUGCCGGGGUUCGACCUGCGUCGUCCGGCGUGUCUCAGGAAGUCGCUGAUAUGCGGGAAGAGCGAUACUUUCUUGAAUCUGAAGAUGAUGAAGGCUGGGAAACAGGACAAUCAGAUCAGGGUAGACAGCGAGGAGCAAUGCAAGCAAAAGUGCCUCGAAGACUGCAAUUGCCAGGCUUACUCAUUCACUGAGGAUCAGCACCAAGGGAGAGGGAGGGGCAAUACGGCAUGCUAUACUUGGUCGGACGAACUUGACAAUAUACAGGAGUUUGCCCAGGAUGGUGGCAACCUCUAUGUCCGUGUGCCGCUUUCAGACAUAGAAUCUACUAACAGGAGCUGUGGAACUUGUGGCACCAAUUUAGUCCCCUACCCUUUGAGCACGAGACAGAGCUGUGGCGAUCCGCUGUACUCUGGAUUUUGGUGUGACAACAAUACUACCCAGCUUUACUUCGAAAUGCAUGGAGGUGGUCGCUACAGAGUCACUGACAUCAAUCCAGAAGCUCGGAGAUUUACCAUCCAAGUGAAGGAUGCAUCCAGCUGCACAAAUAGCGGUCUGGUGGAAAUCAAUCAGCAGCUCAACCAGUCCGUGGCAUUUAGUGUGAGAGGCAGGUGUAGUGGAGGACAGAAUGACUUCAGCACAGGAGACCCUUUGGGGAGUGUCGGGUCGAUUGAAGUGGAAAUUGAGUGGAGCAAUCCGAAAGAGCCACUCUGCAAUUCGUCCAAAGACUGCGAUUGGCCACACGCAACUUGCAAGAAUGCAUCGGAUGGAAGCACCAGAUGCCUCUGCGAUUCAGGAUUCAGUUGGAGCUCUUUCGGCGUCAAUUGUUCUCUGGGUAAUAACUUUGAAGGAUCAUUGCAGAAAAGACAGAAAGUGAAACCUGCAUAUAUAUUUGCUCCUGCCGGUGCCGCAAUUUUCAUCCUUGUAUUGGGGGGCUUCUAUUACAUGAGAAGGCAGCAUGGUAGUAACCAAGGGAGCAGGGAAAGCACUCAGGAAAAUCCUGACUUUCGUCUAUACGACAGCGAGAAAAGGAUCAAAAUGUGGAUGGAGUCACGCCAGUUUGAUGAGGAUGAUAAGAAAGGCAUAGACGUGCCAUUUUUCGAUUUAGAAAUUAUUCUGCAAGCGACGAAUAACUUCUCAGAUGAGAACAAACUUGGUAAAGGCGGGUUCGGGCCUGUUUACAAGGCUACUUUUCCAGGAGGUCAGGAAAUUGCAGUGAAGAGGCUAUGGAGUGGAUCAGGACAGGGCUUGGAGGAAUUUAAGAACGAAGUCAUCUUGAUUGCCAAACUUCAGCAUCGAAAUCUUGUCAGAUUAGUAGGAUAUUGCGUCAAAGGAGAUGAAAAGAUGUUACUAUAUGAGUACAUGCCCAACAAAAGCUUAGAUUCAUUCAUAUUUGAUCGAACAAGGUGUUGGUUGCUGACCUGGGACACACGAUUUGAGAUUAUCUUGGGAAUUGCACGAGGAAUGCUCUAUCUUCAUCAAGAUUCUCGGCUGCGAAUCAUUCACAGAGAUCUCAAGACAAGCAACGUUUUGCUCGAUGAGGAGAUGACUCCCAAAAUCUCCGACUUCGGUCUGGCACGGAUAUUUGAGGCAAAACAAACUGAAGCAAGCACGCAAAGGGUGAUUGGCACAUAUGGCUACAUGUCUCCGGAGUAUGCUUUGGACGGAUUUUUCUCAUUCAAGUCCGAUGUUUUUAGCUUUGGUGUCGUCGUGCUGGAGAUUGUUAGCGGGAUACGUAACACAGGCUUCUAUCGGUCCGAAGGAACAAUGAGCCUUCUCACGCAUGCUUGGAAUUUAUGGAAUGACGAUAAAGCAUUGGACUUGAUGGAUCAAGUGUUGCACGAAACUUACAACAGAGAUCAAGUUUUAAAGUGCAUAAAUGUCGCGCUUUUAUGCGUGCAAGAAGACCCGAGCGACCGUCCCACGAUGUCAAAUGCAGUAUUCAUGCUCGGUAGUGAAACUGGGACUCUUCCAGUUCCAAAAAAACCGGCUUUUGCAGUUAAGAUAGGCGUUUCUACGACAGCUUCUUCUUCCAGCAAACCAGAGUUGAGCUCGGUGUUGUCGACUACUCUGGAACAAGGACGUUAGCAUUUGGAUCUUCGUCGAAUCUCUAUUCCACAUCUUAGUUGUCAAAAGCUUUACCCAUCAGGCAUUUGUUUGAUUAGGAAUGCCUCAAAUUGUGCCCUGUGAUAUUCCUUUCUCCUCCGGCAAAGACGGUUCACUCUCUGUUGAUUGCUGAUGUUCCUCCUCGGCCUAAACAGUGUACAAUACUAACAUCCCGAAUCGGCUUCUUGAUCACCGGAGCUGAUUCUUUCCUUUGUUUUCUUGUAUUUUUCAUUCCCAAGAGUAAGUUUCUUCUGCUGCAAUUGAGUUGUAAAAUCAAUUUCCUUUUGGAAUACCGUCAUCUUAUCAAACUCAAAAUCAACCCCACUAUAGUU